AUGGAUGAUGGUGUUACUGAGGUGCUCUCCAGUGUGUUGGAGGACGUCAAUCACGCUGUCAGCAGAAACGUUGGUGGUGCACAUCUUCUGCAUGAGCUGCUGAAUGCUCCGUGGCUGCGCGCUCUGCUGCAGAUUUAUGAGUGCCUGUUGGAGUUCGAGAGGUCGCCACCCACACCCCUUCUGCCUUAUGCCUCAGAACUCUCACAUGAGAUCAUGACUGCAGUGCAGAUGAUUCACUGUCCUUCCUCUGAAGCUGUAGAGCUCCACAGCCUCCUCAGCUCACCUCACAUCCAGGCCGUCCUGUCCUCCCACGACAGUGUAGCGAAGUCAGACUACGGACCUGUGUUGCCCCCGCUGCCUGAGGAGAUGCCGGAGGACGAGGAGGCCAUGAGGAUCGUUUGUCUGGUGAAGAACAACCAGCCACUGGGGGCGACGAUACGGAGGGACGAGGAGACGGGAGCCAUCUACAUCGCCAGGGUGAUUCAUGGAGGACUGGCCGACCGCAGCGGACUCCUAAACCCUGGUGACCUGUUAGUGGAGGUGAACGGGAACCCUGUGGGAGGUCUGGAGCCAGAACAGAUCAUCCAGAUACUGAUCAAUUCCCAUGGAACGAUCCUGUUUAAAGUCAUUCCUGAUGCAGCUCAGAGCAGCGGCAGCCACAAGUCGGUGUACGUGAGGGCGAUGGUGGACUACUGCCCCCUGCAGGACGCCUCCAUCCCGUGUCCUGAUGCCGGCAUGGCGUUCUGCAGAGGGGACCUGCUGGAGGUGGUCGACCAGUCUGACGGACGCUGGUGGCAGGCGAGGAAGCUGCCCUGCUCCGCGUCCUGCGCUGGUCUGAUCCCCUCUGCCAGCGUGCUGAAGAGUAAACAAAGGGAGCAGUGGUGGUGUCAGCCGUUACAGGUUCACACCUGCAUCCGACCCUUGACUCUGGGGGAUAACGCUGUUCCAGAGGACGAUGGAACGCAUGCUGAUGAAAAAUACACAGUAACAGAUGAGGCUGAAAGUGAUAUUACUGAUGGGCUCUACCUGGCUGGUUUCCGGCGCAGUUUCCGUCUCUGGAGGCGGACGUCCUACAGGAGGAGGCGACAGUCCUGCACCUCCUGCUCCCCCGACACCAGCGCCCUGUCCUCCCCCUACGAGGAGGUGGCUUUGUACCAGCGCCCCCCUCAGGAGAGCCACCGCCUCGUCAUCCUCAUCGGUGCGACCAGAGUUGGAGUGAAUGAAUUGAGGAAAAGAUUGAUCAAACUGAACCCGUCCACCUUCCAGGGACCCGUACCGCACACCACUCGUCCAAUCAGAGCAGGGGAGCAGACAGGAAGAGAAUACCACUUUGUCACCAAAGAGCUGUUUGAGUACAUGGUGUGUAACCACAGGUUUGUGGAGUACGGGGAGUAUAAGGGUCAGCUGUACGGCACCAGCACUGAUGCUAUCGAUGAGGUGCUGAAACGAGGACAGAUGUGCAUCAUCAACGCUGAGCCUCAUAGCAUCCAGCCGCUGAGGACGAGGAAGCUGAAGCCGUACGUGAUCUUCAUCAAAGCUCCGGCGGCAGAGCGCCUGAGAGAAACACGGAGAGACGCCCGCAUCGCCACCAGCUGCAGCAGCAACAGAGCGUUCACAGAGGAAGACUUCGUGGAGCUGGAGGAGGCGUCCCGGCUGACGGAGCUGAAGUACAAACAGUUUUUCGACUUCGUGCUGGUGAACGACUGCCUGCAGGACGCCUGCACGCAGCUCUUCUACGUCAUCCAGGAGGCUCAAGACGAAGCGCAGUGGAUCCCCGUCAGCUGGAGCCUCGAGGACGAGUGAAGCAGGAGAGCCGGAGCCGCAAUGAGAUGAGGAGAGAAAGAAGACGGAGACGUGUUGGAUGAAAUAACGGAGAAGAAGGGAGAUUGGAGGAAGUAAUAAAGUUUUCCCCGUUGGUCUUAAUUGCAUCAGAACUCUGAAAAGUAUUUAUGAUAUGAGAUAUUCUUACUUCUCUCUGUUAGCAGCAGUCACAUCAUGUUUCUGUUAGAAGCUUUAAACAAGUUCAAGUUUAUUUUCACCUUGUUUUUAUACUAUUUAUGGUUCAUCCUCAUUACGUCUGUGUGGGGGGGGCUGCGGCCGCUCAGCUGGAACAGCUUCCAAGUUGGUCUCGUGUAAAACUUUAAAGUGGAACGCUAUACAAUAAUAAUAUGUUAAAGAAUUAAGGAUUGUCUAACAGAUAAGCUCAGAGAGGUUGUUGGACGCUGGGGGUCGACUUUUAAAUGUUUUUAAAUGUACAGUCGCAGUGAACACAAGCAAAGAGCUGGAAACACUGAGUUAGUAAGAGAAGCAUUAAGUGUGUAUGAUUGUUCAGAUAAAUAAGAACUUUAAUACAUUCAAAUGUUUCUCUGAUGCAAUAAUCACAGGAAAGAAUUUGUGUUAACUGCAGCUCUGAAUAUAAUAUGAAAUGUCUAUAAACGUCUCGUUCAGGACACAGUUUGGGACCCACAGCUGUACGUCACAACACUUGUGCUAAAACCAUUCAUCUUCAGUUAUGUGUUAUUAAAUGUGU